AUGCGACCGGAUGGCCCUCGUGAUCCUGUGACCGGGCCUGAUGGAGGCCCGGUGCCUCCCUAUCCCAUCCGCCUGGCCGGUCCGGUGAUCAAGGGCUUUGGGCGGGGCAGCAAAGAGUUGGGUAUUCCCACUGCCAAUAUCCCGGCCGAGGGCCUCGCUGCAUAUCCGGCCCUGCAGGUGGGCGUUUACUACGGGGUAGUGGCGUUGGAUCCGGCCCGAUCUGCCUUAGAGGAUGACUCGUCGCCGAUCCGACCAGCUGUGUUGAGCAUCGGGUACAAUCCUUUCUAUAAAAACCAGACGCGGUCGAUCGAAAUCCAUAUCAUGCCAUCUCUGUCGGCGCCGUCACCCACCGCUGACGGGGGUCCUACGAAGUUUCACAAGCUCCCGGAUUUCUAUGGCACAGACCUACACCUCCUGAUUUUGGGGUACAUCCGACCCGAGUACGAUUAUGUGUCACUUGAGGCCUUAGUGGAGGACAUUCGCCUGGACUGUGAGGUGGCGCGUCGGAGUCUGCAGCGGCCGGCAUAUGCGUGUUAUCUAGCUGGGAACGAUUGCGCAGAGGACGUAAGGGAGGCGCGCCAGUGGUUGACGCGUAGUUCGUCCGGUACAACUCCUCUUCAGUCACCUCCUAGUUUUGAUCGUCGUCGCAAAGAAGUAGACCACGGUGUUCCCCGACGGUUGUAUCUGACAUCCGAUACCCCCGAGUUCGAUGCCGGCCUUUUAGCCCGGUUCCGUGCAGAGGGGUUUGACGUUGAAUACUUACCAUUUCCUGGACGAUAUCAUACGGACCGCGAGCGAGACCGCAAGGAACUCGAAUAUCUCCUGCAGGAACGAGAAGAUGACCUUGAGCCCGGAGAACGUUAUGCUGUUGUUGCUUACAGCAAGCCUGCCUCACUGCUUCUCGAGUCCCAUCACCAACCAGCAACAUCUACUAAUCCCUUUCCCCGACUUUGCGCCCUGGUAGCCUACUACCCCCAAGAGUCCGACAUCGACCAGGACCACCUUUCUAUAAACACAUACGGCAGUCCCGUGAGCAAAGUCCUUACGGGCAAUACGAAUGCCCAUACUACAACCUCGUCAUCCACCGCUCCAACGUCGUAUCCCCCUUCUGUGACUCUUCUUCCCAUUCAAAUUCAUCUCGCCGGAGAUCGCUGCUCAGCCGACACCAAAUCCUCCACCUCUACUCAUACCCGCAAGCGCCACCGCUGCCACUCUUUCUUCUACCCGGAGUCUAGCGCCGGGUUCGCGGAGCCCAGCUCGCCCACAUACGACGGAAUCGCUGCGCGACUAGCCUGGUCACGGGCUCUUGAGGUUCUGAAACGCGGCUUUGGCUGGCCCGGAAACGGUGCAGGAUGGAAGGUUCCGGAUGUGGAAACUGUCUGGGAAGAAUACUGGCGAUGUCUGGCGGAGUCGGAGGCUUGGCUCCUGGCAGGCGAGCAAGAGGGUUCGGUCACGGCAACGGACGAGCGCGAGCGCUUGGCAGCUGAGAUCGUUGGAUUGAUGGUAGGAAGCAGCAGUGGCGUGCAUUUGAACGCAUUGGGCUCCUGCGAUGCUUCGGGGGAUGAACAUUCGGCUAAGGGCACUCCAUCGGUGAAUUGUGUGCCCACCCUCAUGGGAGGAACCACCUCAAAGUCUCUCAUUGAGUUCUUUACCACGCAGUUCCUUCCGACAGGACCCCCUGAUCAACGGGUUCGUCUUCUAUCGCGCACAACAGGUGCAGACCGCAUCAUCGAUGAGCUUCACCUGUCGUUCACCCACACCGAAGAGAUUCCAUGGCUAUUACCCUCUGUCCCGCCCACGGAUCGGCCCGUGCGCAUCGCUCUCGUAAUGGCGGCGAGUUUUUGUGCUGGAAAGCUGGCUCGUCUCAAUGUCUACUGGGAUCAAGCAAGCGUUCUGAUGCAGAUCGGCUUGUUGGACCCGGCACUUGUGCCGUCGGGAUUUAGCGCCACUGGGCCCAAUCGCGCAGGAUCAGAACUCGUCGACCGCAUUCCUGUAGUUGGGGCGGAAGGAGUGGAGAGGAUUCUCGCUUGA